AUGAAAACAAUUACAGUGGCGUUUAUCUUUCUAUUAACACUAUCAUUGGUAUUUAUUAUCGAUGCAAAUCCACGUAGACGACGUUCAAAUAGUUUACAACGAGAUGAAAUUCUUGAUUAUUUACUUGAAUCUCAACGCCGAGAAUUAUAUCAACGACGACAAGAACUUGAACAACAAAUUCGACGACGUAUGGGAAAUACUUUGAGUUUUGAUGGAUAUAAUGAUGAUGAUGAUUACGAACGAACAGAAGUACGCCGUAAAGCUGUUGGUUUAGGUGAUAAUCCAUUUAAAUAA